GGUGAACCACCAACAUAGUGCUAGUAAGGCAGAUUGUCUUGACUUCAUCUCUUGAUAACUACGGCGCGUAUCAUCAAUCGUAUGCCGACAUUGCAUAACACAUGCGAACUAGUACUUCGUCAUUCCUUCGCUUCGCAUCGCCCUCAUGAUCCCUACAUGGUUUUUCUUCCCUUUGGCUCUACUCACGAUACCUAUAGCCGCACAAUCUUCUUCUCCCUUCGCGUCAAAUACGCCUAUCUCUAGCAGCGCUACCGAAACGAUAAAUGAAGUCUCCAGUACCUUUACGAGCACCUACUCUGCCGACUUCUCGAGCGGUCUCCUGGGCAUAGUCUUGACCACGGCCACCUCCGGACGGCAGAAUGCUACCGCUACCUCGUCGACGACAACACAAGAGGUGACAGCCAUAGUCGGACUGUCUCCCUCAACCGAAUCUUCAAACGGCACUGCUUCAGCAACAUCAACUCCUCGUCCAAGUCCGACUAAUACUCAACCAUGCAACGGAUAUGUCGAGUUUUGCCAGAGGAGGUUUUCCAACAUCUCUAUGGUCGUCGCACAUAACAGCCCAUUCGUGAGGCCGCACAAUGCAGCCAGCAACCAAGACUACCCAGUGCUUAAUCAGCUCAAUGAUGGAAUUCGAGGAUUGCAGUUCGAGACCCAAAAACCCAACGAGACCUCCGCUAUACGCCUCUGCCAUACCUCCUGUAACCUGCUCGACGUGGGUACCCUCGAAUCAUACCUCGCAACAGUCAAAGGCUGGCUCGAUCAAAACCCAUUUGAAGUCAUUGCUAUCAUGAUGGGCAACAACAACGGCCAAGAUACUCGGAUCCCAGCGACAGACUAUAUCGCACCUUUUCAAACCUCAGGAAUGAUGGAAUACAUAUGGACACCGCCUUCGGCUAGUUUGAAUCUGACUGACUGGCCCAUAUUGGCCGAGAUGAUUAUCAGGAAUAAGCGCGUCGUGGUGAUGUUGGACUAUGGCACAGACCAGGAACAGAUCCCUUGGCUGCUCAGCGAAUUCAACUAUCAGUGGCAAACACCCUUUUCGCCAACAGAUCCCGCGUUUCCUUGUACGGAGCAACGACCCCCGAACCAAGCCGACGAAGUCUCACGCGAGCGCAUGUACUUGAUGAACCACAACCUGAACAUUGAAGUUAGCCUCCCGGGCGUGAGCAGCAUCCUCAUACCAGCGUACUCGCUCCUCGACGAAAUCAAUGCUGUCUCGGGCAACGGCAGUGUUGGCCUCAACGUACAAAACUGCGAGCGUAUGUGGAAUCGUCCGCCUAAUUGGAUACUCGUCGACUACUACAACUAUGGCAACUUUAAUGGAUCUGUCUUCCAGGUUGCUGCGACUGCGAACAACGUUACUUAUAACGAUCAGUCCUGCUGUGGCACAGACGGUGCCAGUGCGGCGCAUAUUUUGAGAAGCCGAGGGCUUUUCGUAGCUGCAUUUUUCGUUGGAGCUUAUCUUGUGUGGUGAGUAUAAUGCAAGGCUGCUCAGUUUGACUUUGGAGCGUCACUUCUGGUCUGCAAGCAUUGGGCUAGCAAGGCGUUUUUGGGAGUAGGAAUAGUUUCUAUCUGCCGUACCGCUUAAGCAACGUCUGUUCCUAAUCAA